AACAAUAUGGAUGUCUGGUAAACUGGAAGAUAUUUAGUCUCUUAAUAAUAAGAACAUCUCCUGACAAGAAGCAUCGACAUUCGUUGCUGCUGGGGCUUCGAGAUAGCUUGUAAGCAGAGAUAAGCGGUCUGCAAACUAAUAUGGCAAAAGCAACAACCAUAAAGGAAGCUCUAGCCAAAUGGGAAGAAAAAAAUGGUCAGAAGACAGCUGAAGCCAAAGAAGUGAAACUUUAUGCUCAAAUUCCUCCCAUUGAGAAGAUGGAUGCUUCCCUUUCCACACUGGUGAACUGCGAGAGGCUGUCACUUUCCACCAAUUGCAUUGAAAAGAUAGCCAACUUAAAUGGUCUGAAAAACCUGAAAAUUUUGUCUUUAGGAAGAAAUAAUAUUAAGAAUUUAAAUGGACUGGAAGCUGUUGGUGACACAUUAGAAGAACUCUGGAUUUCUUACAACCAAAUUGAAAAACUAAAAGGGAUUCAUGUCAUGAAGAAGUUGAGAGUUCUAUACAUGUCAAACAACCUUGUCAAAGAGUGGGGUGAAUUUGUGAAAUUAGCUGAUCUGCCUUCUUUGGAAGAUCUAGUGUUUGUGGGGAACCCCUUGGAAGAAAAGCACACAGCAGAAGGGAACUGGAUUGAAGAGGCUACAAGAAGGCUUCCAAAACUAAAGAAACUCGAUGGUAAUCCUGUUAUCAAGCAAGAAGAAGAAGAAGCUGAAGGAGAAAACUGACCCAAAAUAGCAACAUUUUGGCCAUUUAAUAUAUAUGGAAAAAGCUUUUUUACAAAAGAUCUUUCUCUCUCUCUCUCUCUGUCUGUUAACCCUGAUUUGUUCAGGCAAUAUUAUCCUGUUGUAAAUCAGGAUGUGACUGGCUGUUAUUUUAUUGUCUUUGCAUGACUAUUCCAAAAGUUACCUUUGCUUCUUGUUGACCUUAUAUUUGGCUUAAUAUGCUUUUUGGUGGACUUACAGACCCCUUCGCACAGCACACCAAACCCUGGUUUGUCACAGUCAGUCAUGCUGCCUCCUGAACUCCAUGUUGCCUCCUUAUUUGUGCCAUCUGUCUGAACUAUAUGUACUUCAGCGGGAUCCCUCAGGGUGUCUUUUGAGAGUAAUUCAUUCAUGCUGUGGGGAAUGUGGCCCUUCCAGCCAUUGAAAAGAACCCUUAGCUGGUUCUGUGUGAAGGUGUCCCACUUGCAUAAGACAUAAUUCUUGCUUUAUCAGAGGGCCAGGUACAGUAUGGGUCCACAACAGACAUGAUGAGGCCACUAUCCCCCAGUGUUCUAAGUCGUCCUCUGGCUUGUACAUCACAGCAUCAUCUUAUACUUUCUGUCCUCUUGAAUCAGUGCUGCUGAUGCAGCUGCCAACCUCAGACUGACUGUAACCAUCUCUUCUUCCUGAGAAGAAGAGUCACAAAGGCACCUUCCUUUCCCCAGAUGGUCCUCCAACCUCAUGGCUUUGCCACUUAAUUCCAUUUACUGGUUUGAGUCAAACCUAAUACCACUGUGCCAGCAUGUCAGCCCCUGUUGCCCAUUUGUUCUGUUUUAAUCUAGCUGCUUCCUGCUUCUAUCUUGGUGAACCAAGAAAGCACAACAGCAUCAAAGAGUAACUGUGAAGUUUUUAAAACCUUGUAUUUUAUGACAUACACAAAUUAACUUUUUGUGUCCGUUCAAUUUGUAUGUAGAUUAUAUGCAGGUGGAGAACAACCA